UCAACUCUAUCGAUAAUUGGCGCCCAAUUUUGUUAAGAUUUGCAUUUAUAUAUUCGUUAAAAUGUCAAACAAAGCGGACAAACUGCUUAAACAGGCCAUCAAGGAGCAGCAGAAACGCAUGAAACCCGCCGAAUGCCAGAAAUAUGUGCGCUUGGUGCUGGACGCGGGCCUGCUGCGCAUUGCAUGGGGUCAGGAGCUAAUUGGGAAGUUAAACAAUACGGACUUGAAGUACGAAAUACGCACAUUGCCCGCCCGCAAUUGCAUUAUUUGGGAGCGCAAUGUGGGUCAACAGACGCUUGCGGCGGGCGCCGCACUGGAAGAUGCCUGGCACAUGGAGCAACAAGUUUUGGUGAUCUUCACCGAAACGGACUUUCAACGGGCGCUAAAGGAACAGAAUCUGGCCUGCAUCGGCCCCAAGUUGCACGAUGCAUUUCCCGCAGCCGAUUGCCAAUUCACGGUGGUGGUGCCACGUCUACGCCAGAGCAAACACAGCGCCGGCAGCAGCGAGGCGGAUGCGCUGAUUGAGCUGCAGCUGCUGCAGCAGCUGCACGUGGAGCAACUGGCUCAGCCCCAAUGCCAGGAGCUGCUGGCACUGCUGCAGCGCUACACAAAGGCCAUCGCGGAGAAGCCCUACAAGCAGCAGCGUCAGGCCAUACUGGGCAGCUUCAAAAAGUACCUGGCCAAUGACAACAAACAGUGCGUGCGCGUGGAACAAGGCAACGGCUAUGGACGCCUCUGGCAGCAGCACCUGAACAGAUUGCCGCAGGUGACGCUGGAGGUGGCGGAAGCCAUCAUUUCGCAAUAUCCCUGCCCGAAGCGCAUGCUGGAGCACUUUGCGAAUGAUGCCCAGGCGGUGCAAACGCUGGCGGAUGUCAAGAUCAAGCGCAGCAACGGGCCACAGCCGCUGCAGUCGGAAAGGCGCAUUGGCAAUGUGCUGACCAAUAAAUUGUAUACCCUGUACAAUGCUAGAGAUCCGAAUACAUUGAUUUAGGUAUAGAUUUAGGCCGUUUAUU